CUUUAAUUCAUGGGGUAUUGAUUUACUUUCUUAAUCAAAAUCAAGAUUUUAUGCUGUUGCCAUAUGUAUAUAUGGAAUUUUGUCAUUUUCUAUUUAAAAUAAAUUCCACUAAAGACUGCAAAUAAAGUUUGGUUAGUUGUGAAUCUCCCAAGCAAUCACCUUCGUUUCCAAUGGAAAAUCAUCGAUAUGAUCAGACCAAGGUUUUGUCCAUCAAUAUUAGUUGCUGUGAUGAUUGUCCGAAGAUAUUGAAGGAAAAAUUAGACAACAUGCCUGGGGUGGACUCAAUCACCAUAAACACGGAGAAAAACCUGGUGUUUGUCGAGGGCCCGAUGGACCCCGUGACCCUCUUCAACAAAGUCGCCAGAUUCGGAAAACGGGUCCAACUCCUUUUUCCGAUCCAACUUCUUCCGAACGACAAUCAUCGACCGAACAACAACAACAACAGCACCAAUCGCCGCCACAAACGAGAUUGCUUCACGGACCCCAGUGGGCCCCACCCCUACGAAAAGAGAAAGAGAGCAAACGGUCGAGAAGAAGAAACUAGACAAAACGAGCCUCACAAAUGUGAGGCGUACGAGCCUCCCAAAGUUGACGAGAGGGUUUGUCGAGAUUUCUUCUGCAAGAUCCACCCGAGAUCUCGAUCAAUGGUAGAUAAGGUGUCGGGGCACAACUCUCUCUUUGGGGGCUUGCCGUUUUUCGACUUCGGUGGGUCCCACCCGAAUGACAUGAGCAUGUACCACCCGCAAGGUUUUGGGUACAACCAGCCUCCGAUGUAUGGCUACGCCCGACCACCGAGUAGGGUUCAACAUCCGUUUAGUUUUUAAUUGCGGUAAUCUUUUGGUAUUUUAUUUUUUAAUUAACUGAAAUGUCAUGUUGAAAUUGAAUUGGGAGCAUGAUGAGGUUUUAAUUUUUAUAUGUGGUGAUUGCAUUUU